GUAAGGGUGUAGUUUGUGACAAGGAAAAGAAUAAAUAAAUCAAUAAAUAGUUUUGAUUAAAAUUUUCCUCUUUAUCUACGAAACCAAAUCCACCCAACCCCUAUAACAACCUUCAUCAUCGAGAUUGUGAGAUCCAAAGCAAAUCAACUGGAGCAAGCAAGAAGUGUGAAAGGUGCAUUUCAGAUAUAGUGCCUCAAUUGCGCCUCGAUUGGUGCAGGAGACUGGUGAUAAUAGCUCUUGUGGCAAUAUUGAUGAUAAAGCUAAUCCGAAUUGUGGAAUGGAGAUGAGCUGCCCAUCAAAUGUUAACAGCGAUGUCUCCGUGUGUUCUACUAGCACAGUUAAUAUUUCACACUCACACCAGAGUUUCCGUGGCUUUGUGCAACAGCCUGAUUUUGUCAGUGGAUGGAUGUAUGUGAACGAACAUGGACAAAUGUGUGGUCCCUAUAUUAAGGAGCAGUUACAUGAGGGCUUAACUACAGGUUUCUUGCCAUUUGAGCUUCCUGUGUAUCCUGUGAUCAAUGGCACAAUAAUGAACUCUGUACCGUUGAAUUAUUUUAAACAGUAUCCUGACCAUGUUUCCACCGGGUUUGCAUAUUUGAGCAUGGAUUUUUCUAACGCAAGGAUGUCGAAAAAUUGCUCAUCUUCUUCUCAGGAUAUGGUAGAUGGGCAAGAUAGGUCUGUUGAGCUUGCUGCUGUUAUGGCUGUUAACCCUGAUUCAAAGUCUGUUUCACACGUCAAUGACUGCAAUAAGGAAUCCAAUCAUGUGGAUUUAAGCUCAGAGGCAUUUAGCAGGAUAAUUUCUUCUCAGAUGUUGGGAGGAGAAUGCUGUUGGCUUUAUGAGGAUAAAAAGGGUAUGAAACAUGGGCCACAUUCCAUUUCAGAGCUGAUUUCCUGGCACCACCAUGGAUAUCUUGAAGAUUCAACAGUGAUCUCUCAUUUUGACAAUAAGUAUGGAACCUUUGUGUUGCUGUCUGCUGUAAAUGCAAUGAAAGGAGAUACAUGUGGAACCAUCUGUGGAUCAGAUUCCAAAAGCAAUGGAGUUGGUGAUGUCAUGAACUUAAUUUGUGAAAUAUCUGAAGACAUUUCUUCCCAAUUGCACACGGGUGUAAUGAAAUCUUCCCGUAAAGUUGUGCUAGAUGGGAUUAUUGGCGAUAUCAUUGCAGAGUUUAUUACUGAAAAGAAAUGCAAGAAGCAAAAACUUGAGUCUGCUGAUCAAACUUCUGAAACUUGCACGUUGAACAAUAAAAUGAUGAAUAAAGGUGCUUCCAUUCCAAGUGAGCCUGCAGCUUCCCGUAUUUUGAAUGGUCAGGCCUGUCAUGAAAUUUCCAGACCGUCUUCAACGAAUGUUAAGUCAGUUGGAAGCAUUGAAAAUUUUUGGUGGUCAUAUGCUGUUGUUCGUAAAGUACUUUUUGAUCAUUCCUUGCAAGUCAUGUGGAAUGCAGUGUUUUUUGACACGGUGACGGAGGUCUUAUUUUCCUGGAGGAAGAAGAAAUAUUGGUCUCAUCCUAAGCCUCAAUCAUCUGUCAAUGAAUCUAAAGAUUCUGUCGAAAAGUUAAAAUCAGAAGCUUUGGCUCUCGGGACAGGUUCCUCUGUAUGCAAUGUUGAGGCUGAUAUCCAGUCUGGAGCUAUGGCGACAGAAAGAGAUUGUCAUCCUGAGUUACUUUUAUCUCCUAAUAACAUUAAAAUUGGAAAUAUAGCAGAAGGUCAAAGAGUUUCAUGCAGUUAUGGUAACUCUGAAGAUUUGACACGCAUUCUUGAAAGUGUGGAGAAUGAGCUUCACUGCUCUGCAAAGGCGUCUUUAGCUGAUUAUGUUCGAAGUGUUGUUGAAAAGGAAGUAAACCAAUUAAUUCCUUCCCCAGAGAAAGACAUAUUUAGCGAGUUGCAGGUUGAUGUUAGUGACUGCCGUAUCUCAAAGAUGGUUGCCGGUAAAACAUCUGUUAAAGAAACUCUAAGUGACAAGUCUAUCGAUCCUGUGAAAAAUGGAGACUCAAUUUGCGUCCCUUCAUCUGAAAAUCAUAUGUCCGAUGUAUUCUCAAAAGCAUUUCAAGAAUUGUGUGGACAUUUAAAUGAUGUGGUUGAUGAUGAGGAGAUUGGUGACCUACCACCUGGAUUCGAAAAGAACUCAAUAUUCCCACACUGCAAUUCAAAAUUUCGACCUUCAAGAACAGUUGAAUGUAAUCCUAAGAUUACAGAAUAUGUUACAGCUGCACUGUGCAGACAGAAGCUGCAUGAUGAAGUUCUAAAAGACUGGAAGCUGUCGAUUCUUGAUUCUACAUUUAAAAAAGUUAUGUCAUCAUGUACGAUAAAGAAGAAUUUACAGUCUCGUGGUCAUGGGAAGGGGAAGUCGUUCAGUGCAAACAAGGAGCAUUUGAAUGAUGCUACUUUGGGACUAGGAAAAGUGAAGGAAGGCACAAAAUUGGGACUAGGAAAAGUGAAGGAAGGCGCAAAAAGUUCUGGAGUUCCUCUGGCGAUUGAAAAGUAUACGUAUCACCGCAAGAAUCUGUCACGGAAAGAGCUUUGCUCCUCUAAGCCCGUUGUAGACGAUAAUUCAGGUCCAGGGAAGAAGCCUUUGGCUAAGUUAAGGAAAGAUGUUUCUGGAGAUGUGAAGGAGAGUGCAGAAGUUAAAGUAACUGCUAUUAAACGUGGAAAGGCUAAGAUGAUUAAAGGGAAGAAGGAUACAUCUUCUAAGAAGAGCUCUCCUGUCAAUGUCGAUAAUAGCUCACCCAGUGUUCAAUUAUCCUUGAAGAAUAAAACUUGCCAGAAAGUAUCCAAGUUUGCACAUACAGUUCAAAACGGUGUUACAGAUGUUCUGAAGUCUAAUAAAAAGAGGCUCUUGGUGUCAUCUGAUAAUAGUGUUGGUAUGAAGGUGGUUAAAAGAAAUAACACUGAUGUCACCAUUCAGAGGAAGACCACUGGUCAUAUCUCCAAAGAGAAACUAAAUGCGACAAAUACAGUAUCAAAAUCCAAAAGAAAGCAUCAGCCAGAUGGUGUUACAUCCUCUCAUCCCGCAAAGGUUUUGAAAAUUUCAAAUAGCGGUGCAAGUCUGGAAGCCAGCAAACAAGUAACUGAGGCACGGAGGAAUUCUGCUAAAUCUAAGUCAUUGGAUUUGUGUCCUAGAUCUAUUGGAUGUGCUAGGACUUCUAUUGAUGGAUGGGAAUGGCAUAAAUGGUCUCAAAGUGCUAGUCCCACAAGUAGAGCACGUGUCAGGGGUCUUCCGCGUUUACAAAACAAGUUCAUAAAUUCUGAAAAAAAUCCAUCUCAGUUGUCAAAUAGUAAGGGUCUUUCUGCAAGAACAAAUAGGGUGAAGUUACGUAACCUUCUUGCUGCAGCUGAGGGUGCGGAUCUUCUGAAAGUGCCUCAAUUGAAGGCACGGAAAAAGCGACUACGUUUUCAAAGGAGCAAGAUACACGACUGGGGUCUUGUUGCCUUGGAGCCAAUUGAAGCAGAGGACUUUGUCAUUGAGUAUAUCGGAGAAUUAAUUCGUCCUCGGAUAUCUGAUAUACGUGAGGUUCAAUAUGAGAAGAUGGGAAUUGGAAGCAGUUACCUUUUCAGACUUGAUGAUGGUUAUGUGGUUGAUGCUACAAAGAGAGGUGGGAUUGCACGAUUUAUUAACCAUUCUUGUGAGCCCAACUGUUACCCAAAGGUUAUAUCUUUUGAGGGUCAAAAGAAGAUUUUUAUAUAUGCCAAACGGCAUAUAAAUGCCGGUGAAGAAAUUACAUACAAUUAUAAGUUUCCCUUGGAGGAGAAAAAGAUUCCCUGCAACUGUGGUUCCAAAAAGUGCCGUGGAUCAAUGAACUAGGCAGUUAUUAAGACUGAUACUGGAUUAUAGUCCCAAAAUCCACUUUGUAUGCUGAAGAUUUGAAGACUGUUACUGUAUACUACACUAGAUAGUUGACAUCAAAUUGGAUGAGUUGCAGCAGUGCUUGUUUACACAUGCCUUGUAUGUUUCCACUUGCUUAAUAUUGAGAUGCAGCAGUUGACAUCAAAUUGGAUGGUAGUUAUGGAUCACCAUUGUUGACGAUAGACUGAACUGAAUGCUAUUGGUGACUGAUGUUGCCUACUUGUUUGGUGAUGGCAUACCUAACUUGGGCAUUCUUGUAGACAGUUGUGGCAGACUAGCUCAAGUAGGAAAAACUGUUAGGUCGCUGAAUUGGAUUAUGCUUCUGGUAUGUUUCUCUUUCUGCCCCUUGUUAGAGUCAUUCCUGGCCAGUUCUUUUAAUAUAUCCUCCAGUGGUUCCCUCAGUCAACUCAUCAAAUAAAGUGAGCACCAGGCAGCAGCUAAAGGUAUUUUAAAAUGAAUUCCUGGCCAAAACCACUACCAUUUUGGAUGCACGAAAUGUCAAAAAAAUGGGUAGGAGCAGUGGCUUUAGGCUUUAGCUUUGUUUUGUUGAUUGGUUUCUUAUAUUGCUUUAUUUAUUUUAAUUCAGAACUUCUUAUCCUCACAAAAUUACUAGAGCGAACUCAUUUCAAAUUGUUCUUUACUAAUCAAUCAAAUCAUUUUUUAAUUUAAAUAAUACCAGUAAGAUUAACAAACAUAACUCUAUUUUACAUGUUUUCUUUAGCAUUUACAAAAAAUGAUUUUUUUUUUUGUUGAUAAAACGGUAAUUUUACAAUAAAUACUGAAGCUUCUUGCAUUUUGAUUUUUCAAAGGGAUAAAAUGUAGAGAUAAAUUGGGAUAAACGUUUCUGAGGGGUUUGCACGAAAAAACAAGUUCGAGAUUGGAAAACUGGGUAUUUAGCACGUAUAAAAUUAUGAAUACAACGUCACUUUAUGUUGCACUCCCUCCAUCCCAUAUUUUGAAAACAUUCACGAGAUAAAUCCAACAUCUUAUAUGCCAUCAUUUGUCUUUAUAUAUUAGUAGAAAAUUAUGGUUAAAGUAUGUUAUGUGGAUAAUGCACAUGGUCAAAUUAGAUCGAUUAAUACGGGACAGAGAGAGUACAGUGAUAUGUUAAAAUCAACAUCAUUUCUUUGAAAAUAAUCAACCAAUUUAUUUUUAUCCUUGGUGUAUUUGUUUUAGUAGAACUGGCAAACGGCAUACCUUUGAAUAACAAACUAUUUAAUACGGUAAAAACUUUUCCCACCUUCAAAAUUAGCCUGGAUAUACACUUAAUUGAUUGUGAACCUGUAGUUACAUGGGGAGAAAUUCAAUGGAAGAAUCCAAGUUUUUUUUUUUUUUUUUUGAAG